AUGGGAGUGCUACUUACCACAGCCACUGCUCUCUCAGUAAUAUUUGUACGUGAUGAUGUAACUACCUCUUCAGAUGAUAAUCAGAAAUAUAAAAUGGUUAAAAUCAAUGGGGAUGUGAAAUUUGAAGAAACUUGGAAAAGUAUUUACUCCAAUCAUUCCUCUCCAGAAUACAGAAUUAGAAGCCAGCUGUUCAUAAAAAAAAUGGACAACUAUUUUAAAAACAGUUCCCUUGCAAAUCUUUAUAACAGGACAGAGGUUAUAAAUUUCAGGAAAGGAAGUCUAGUUAUUAAAUUUAAUUCAUUUUUUAAAAAAUCCAAGCCUACAGUUUCUACAACAUUUAUUAUGGAUACAGUCCUUAAGAUCAUUCAAAUCGUGUUUCCCAAAAGUCACGUCAUAAUUUCAGACUCAACAACAUCAAGUACAUUGUCAACAACAAUGGUCACAACAACAACACCAUUAGAGAUAACUACAACAUCAACAGAAGCACCAUCCCCAACCACAGUCACUACUGUGGCAGUGACCACCACAUCACCAACCACCACAUCACCAACCACCGCAUCACCAACCACCACAGCAACAACCAUGAGUUCCUCCUUGAAGCCUUCAACAGCAAUAAAAACAACAAAAGCCAUAUCUUCAUUAUCCAUGACCACGACAUCUCCAAAAUCACCUGGGACCAUGACCACAACAAAAACAACUGCAGAAAAACAAAGUUCACCUGCAGCAGGUCCAGCCACAAGUAAAACAACAACAAUACCAUCAGGUAAGACAUUUCUUUACUUUUCAAAGGCUUUCAUUUAG